AUGGAGGAACAGAGUGGAGUGCAUUCAGAAAAGUUUGCUGCUGCAAGUAAUGCAGAGAGAACUGUGGCUCCAAGUUCCCGUGUCCCUUACGAGAGGAGACCAAAGGCUUGGCACUUUGAGCUUAGCCAACGCGACUCAGGCUGUCUGCGAGGACUGUAUGCACUGCGGGACAGCAAUGGCACGAGACCAAAUGGGUGCCAGCUGGUAUACGUGGAAUUUGAUGACCUUGAAUGGGAAAAACGAGAAUGGGUUAAAGUUUAUGAAGAUUUUGCAACGUUCUUGGUGGAGUACCAGCUGGUCUGGGCAAAAAGAAAGGACCCAAGCCAGACUCAGGGAUCAAAGAUCAAACAAAUUCAAUGGCCUGCAUUGACAUUCAAGCCCUUGGUUGGAAAAAGUGUGUACAAUGCAAUUACGGCAGUAGAAUUCCUUGUGGACAAGCAGCUGGAUUUUAUAACUGAAGAUAGUGCCUUUCAGCCCUAUCAGGACGACGUAGACAGUCUAAACCCAGUUCUCAGGGAUAACCCGCAGUUACAUGAGGAGGUAAAAGCCUGGGUAAAGGAACAAAAGGUUCAGGAGAUUUUUAUGCAAGGUCCAUACUCCUUAAAUGGUUAUAGGGUGAGAGUGUACAGACAGGAUUCUGCCACCCAGUGGUUUACUGGUAUAAUUACUCAUCAUGAUCUCUUCACUCGCACUAUGGUUGUUAUGAAUGACCAGGUGUUAGAGCCUCAAAAUGUUGAUCCUUCUAUGGUUCAGAUGACCUUUCUAGAUGAUGUCGUUCACUCUUUGUUGAAAGGUGAAAAUAUUGGCAUCACUUCACGACGAAGGUCUCGUUCCAACCAGAACAGCAACACAGUUCAUGGUCAUUAUACACGUGCGCAAGCAAAUAGUCCCAGGCCAGCAAUGAAUUCCCAAAGUGCAGCACCCAAACAGAAUUCUCACCAGCAGCAGCAGCAGCGCAAUACUCGGCCAAACAAAAGGAAAGGCUCCGACAGCAGCAUGCCUGACGAGGAGAAGGUGAAAGAAGAGAGAUACGAUUAUAUUGGUCGAGGAGAAAACCCCAAAAACAAAAACAAACACUUCCUUAGUAAAAGAAGAAAACCUGAAGAGGACGAAAAGAAAUUAAACAUGAAGAGACUGCGAACAGACAAUAUCUCAGAUUACUCUGAGAGCAGUGACUCAGAAAUGUCAAAUAAAAGAUUAACAGAUUCGUCCUCAGAGCAAAAUUCAGAAAAUGAGUUAAAAAGCAAGAACGCUUCAAAGAUAAAUGGAGAGGAAGGAAAAUCCCAAACUAUUGGGGGACUACAAGAACAGGCACUACCAGAUAGGCAGUCUCCAUGGGAUGAAAUACAGGAGGCAGCAGAGCAGCCAACACCUUAUGAGCAGAAUGCCAAGGAUCCACAUGUGCAAGAGUGCAGCGCAGAAAAACAUCAUACUGUGGAAUUAAAAAAAGAGCAGUUUGUACCCAGACCUCCUACUCCAAAAUGUGUUGUUGAUAAAACUAAUGUAAACAGCUCUGAGAAGGAGAGCCAGGAUAAUGCUGCAAGUAGCUUUGGUUUGCAGACAGUUCAGAAAAUGGAAUCACACAGCAGUGAUUUAAAACAACAGUUUGCAAAUGCAAAUUUUCUUGAAACAAGAAAACAGGAAACUGAUCAAAGUUGGGUGAGCAAUGUUGUUAACAAGACAAAUUUGAUACAACCUGGGGUUGUGAAAAGCUUAUCAGUAACUGAACAUUUGAAUCCUGAAAAAGAAAAAGUGCCGCAUGGCUCGUUUAUACCUUCAUUAAAUGUAGCUUGUUUAGCAGAAGAAAGUAAACUACAUAAGCAAAGUCCAGUCCCUGAUUCUGUGAAGUCAAAACCUAGUGCUUCAGUUGAUCGUCCUAAAACAAAGUCACCUGAUGUUAAGCCUAAAUUCACCCAAUCUUCUGAUACUGUGAAGUCUAAGGUUAGUUCCCAAAAUAGCCAUGCCACUGGAUUAACAAGGUCAGCCAAUAAAACUGAGCAUGAUUUGCCAAGGUCUAGCUUCCAUCCAGUUCCAGCUAGAGUUAGUGCUCUAGAGACUACUAAAAGUCCUCUUAUCAUUGACAAGAACGAACAUUUCACAGUGUACAGGGACCCCACUCUGAUUGGACAAGAAACAGGAGCUAAUCACAUUUCACCUUAUUUGCAUCAGCAUAAUUAUCCUCUGCAUUCCUCAUCCCACCGAACCUGUUUAAAUCCAAAUGCUCAUCAUCCUGCAUUAUCUGGUUCAUCCCAUCUGUUAUCUGGGUCUUCCACUCAGACUCCACUGUCCGCUAUUAACACUCAUCCUCUUAGUACGGCACCUCACCAUUCUGUUCAUCACCCCCAUCUACUUCCCGCAGUGUUGCCCGGAGUGCCUGCCGCCUCCUUGCUGGGCGGCCACCCGCGACUAGAGACUGCUCACGCUAGCAGCCUAAGCCACUUGGCAUUAGCACACCAGCAGCAGCAGCAGAUGUUACAACACCAGUCUCCACAUCUUCUUGGACAAGCUCAUCCUUCUGCUUCCUAUAAUCAGCUAGGGCUUUAUCCAAUUAUUUGGCAGUACCCAAACGGGACACAUGCUUACUCAGGACUCGGUCUGCCCUCCUCGAAAUGGGUCCACCCUGAAACUCCUGUUAACGCAGAGGCUUCCUUGAGAAGGAAUACCCCGAGCCCGUGGCUGCACCAGCCCGCCCCGGUGACCUCAGCCGACGGCCUCGGCUUACUGAGUCACAUUCCUGUGAGACCGUCCAGCGCGGAUCCCCUGCGGCCUCUCAAGCUGACGACACACUCUAGCCCACCGCUGUCCAAGAGCAUAGCAGAGCAUCACAAAGAAGAACUGGAGAGGAAAGCGUUCAUUGAACCUUUACGCUCUGUUACAACUGCGCCCAUAAAGACGGAGCUGGAGCCGAGCAGAGCGCAGACCACAAAGGACAGCCAUAUGCACAGACAUUUUGCAGAUCCAAUGCUGAACCAGCUGCCAAGGCCACCACAGGAGACUGGGGAGCGACUAAGCAAAUAUAAAGAAGAACACAGGCGAAUACUUCAGGAAAGCAUCGAGGUUGCUCCUUUUACAGCUAAAAUAAAGGCACUGGAGGGGGAGAGAGAGAACUAUUCCAGGGUAACGUCCUUAUCUUCAAGUCCCAAAAGCCAUUCAGUAAAAUAUGAAAAAGAUGCGGAGCGUUCUGUAUCAGAACUGUAUAAAAUGAAGCAUUCGGUUCCGCAGAGUUUGCCACAGAGUAACUAUUUCACCACCCUGUCUAACAGCGUCGUCAAUGAACCGCCAAGGUCCUACCCAUCCAAGGAGGCUUCAACUGCCUAUGUUGAUAAACAGACUAAUUGUCCCUCAACAGCAGCGAGUCCCCAGUCUCUCCCUUCAUACAUCUCCUCUCUUUCCAAACCUCCCCCUUUAAUAAAGCACCAACCAGAGGGCGAAGGCUCUGCAAGCAAGAUAGCUGAGCAGCUUUCGCAGUCAGUGCAGUCUCACUCAGUGACUUCUUUUAGGAGUGACAGCAGGAGCCCUACUCAACUGUCAGUGUCAUCUUCCAACACACUCCGGAGUAUGCCCGCCUUGCACAGAGCCCCCGUGUUUCACCCCCCGGUUCACCACAACCUGGAGAAGAAGGAAAGCAGCUACAGCAGCCUGUCCCCUCCAACUCUAACUCCCGUUCAACCUGUUAACGCUGGUGGUGGCAAAAUACAGGAAUUACAAAAGCCUCCCACUUUAGUACCUGAACCCAAGGAAGCUCAGACAGGUUAUAAGGGUGUUUCUGAGCAAAAUCUGUCAGAAGUAUGGAAGGCGAAUAACGCCCCAAACAAUGAGAAAGUGGACUGGCACGCUGAAAGAAUGAGUGGAAAGUCCCAGUCGGCUACAGCGUCUGUUAUUGUGCGUCCUCCUUCGAGUACGAAACACGACGGCGCAGCGGUGAUGCAGCACGCUUCCAAGGAUCGAGCUAGCGAGAGAGCUUCAGCUGUGACAAAUCAAACAGAUUGCCUGAAAACAGCGGAAGCCAGAGAGACUGGGAGAGUCAUUCUGCCAAAUAUGAACUCAGACAGCACUCGCACACAGUAUGAGAAGAAAUUUCCAGCUGUCUCACAAGGCAGCCUUCCUAGUGCCGUCACCCCCACCACGGCCGUGAACUGCAGUACCAAAGCGGACGUAACCGCCUUUUUUUUUCAGGGCCCGGGUGGCAGGGCCGCCGCUCCGGCUGCGCCCGGCGGCACCAAAGCCACGCAGCCCGGCCCGGGCUUCUCCGCCUCCGCCGACUUCGUCCACUUGAAAAAGCACAAGGCGGCGUUGGCCGCGGCGCAGUUCAAAAGCAGUAAUGCCAGCGAGGCCGAGGCCAACGCUGCGAAAAAUCAGACGUUUUCCACCUCGCUCGCCCUAGACACUGCUAUCGUCUGUAGUACAAUAAACAAAGCAAACUCUGUAGGCAGUGGGCAGACUUCCCAGACAAGUCAGCCAAACUACCACACUAAGCUGAAAAAGGCUUGGCUAACAAGACAUUCAGAGGAAGAUAAAAACACUAAUAAAAAAGAGAAUUCAGGGAACAGUGUUUCAGAAAUUAUUAAGCCAUGUACUGUCAAUUUAAUAGCUUCUACAUCAAAUGAUUUGCAAAAUAACAUAGAUAGUAAAAUCCUGGCAGAUAAGUUUGUGAAAGAAGAUAAGCACCCUAGGAGAAAAGCAAAAAGAACUUAUGAGUCUGGCUCUGAAAGCGGAGAUUCUGAUGAAAGCGAGAGCAAGUCAGAGCAAAGGACUAAACGGCAGCCCAAGCCAACUUACAAAAAGAAACAAAACGAUUUGCAGAAAAAAAAGGGUGAUGCAGAGGAAGAAGUAAAACCGAAUGGUGUUCUUAGCAGGAGCGCCAAAGAAAAAAGCAAGCUGAAGCUACAGAGCAGCAGUACUAGCACUGGAAUACCCCGCUCAGUAUUAAAAGAUUGGCGCAAAGUAAAGAAGCUGAAGCAAACAGGAGAGUCCUUUUUGCAGGAUGAUUCUUGUUCUGAAAUAGGACCGAAUUUGCAAAAAUGCAGAGAAUGUAGGUUAAUAAGAAGUAAGAAAGGUGAAGAAUCAACUCACUCACCAGUAUUUUGUAGAUUUUAUUACUUUCGACGGUUAUCUUUCAGUAAGAACGGAGUGGUUAGGAUAGAUGGUUUCUCCUCUCCUGAUCAAUAUGAUGAUGAAGCACUGAGUUUAUGGACACAUGAAAACUAUGAAGAUGAUGAACUGGACCUCGAAACUUCUAAAUACAUUUUAGAUAUCAUAGGCGAUAAGUUCUGUCAGUUAGUAACGUCUGAGAAAACAGCUAUGUCCUGGGUGAAAAAAGAUGCCAAAAUCGCAUGGAAGAGAGCAGUGAGAGGAGUCCGUGAGAUGUGUGAUGCAUGCGAAGCCACAUUAUUUAACAUUCACUGGGUCUGCCAAAAAUGUGGAUUUGUGGUUUGCCUCGAUUGUUAUAAGGCAAAGGAAAGAAAAAGCUCGAGAGACAAGGAGCUGUAUGCCUGGAUGAAGUGUGUGAAGGGGCAGCCUCACGAUCACAAACACUUGAUGCCAACUCAGAUUAUUCCUGGCUCUGUUUUGACAGAUCUUCUAGAUGCAAUGCAUAAUAUUAGAGAAAAAUUUGAAAUUAAAUCCCAUUGUCAGUGUACAACCAAACAGAGCCUGCAAGCUGGCAAGCUUCCUGCAAUGAAUGGCGUAUCUCAGGUUUUACAGAAUGUCCUCAAUCACAGUAAUAAAAUCUCUCUGUGCAUGCCCGAGUCUCAGCAGCAGAACACCCCCCCAAAGUCGGAGACAAAUGGGAACUCCAGUCCCAGGAGUGACGUGAGCACAGACAGCAAGCUCACGCCGCCGGAAUCGCAGUCGCCGCUGCACUGGUUAGCGGAUCUGGCAGAGCAGAAAGCCAGAGAAGAAAAGAAAGAGAAUAAAGAAUGUCCUUCUGGAAAACAUUCAAAGGAAGAAAAAGACCAGGAUAAUUCAGAGUCCCCAAACUGUAAAUCUUCUCCUCCUGCAUCCCAGAACAAUGAGCAGGGUUCAACCUUACGAGAUUUACUAACUACAACAGCAGGCAAACUACGUCUAGGUUCUACCGAUGCGGGUAUUGCUUUUGCUCCGGUUUACUCCACAGGAACACCAAGUGGUAAAAGUGGAAGAACCAUGCCAAACAUUCUCGAUGACAUAAUUGCUUCAGUGGUAGAAAACAAGAUUCCACCAAAUAGGACACCAAAGAUAAAUGUAAAAUCUGAAAUAAAAGAUGAGCCAAAGGAUGAUAGAAAAUGUGUUCUAGAUGACAGCAGUAAAUUGUACAAUGAUAUUCAGUAUUCUUGGAUCUGUGAUAAGCAUGUGUUGUGGCUCAGAGACCAUAAAAACAGCAACAACUGGAAGCUCUUCAAAGAGUGCUGGAAACAAGGGAGGCCUGUAUUAGUGUCCGGCAUGCAUAAGAAAAUGAACUUCAGCUUGUGGAAAGCAGAAUCAAUUAGUCUAGAUUUUGGAAACCAGCAAGCUGAUAUCUUGAAUUGCAAAGACAGCAUUAUUUCAAACACCAAUGUCAAGGAGUUCUGGGAUGGUUUUGAAGAUGUUUCAAAACGGCAGAAAAUAAAAAAUGGGGAAACGGCUCUACUAAAAUUGAAAGAUUGGCCUUCUGGUGAAGAUUUCAAGGCUAUGAUGCCAGCAAGAUAUGAAGACCUAUUAAAAAGUUUACCUUUGCCUGAAUAUUGCAGUCCAGAAGGAAAAUUAAACUUGGCUUCUCAUCUGCCAGGAUUUUUUGUCCGUCCAGAUUUGGGGCCCAGACUGUGCAGUGCCUAUGGUGUGGCUGCUACUAAAGAUCAUGAUAUAGGAACUACCAAUCUCCAUAUUGAAGUUUCCGAUGUAGUAAACAUCCUGGUUUACGUUGGCAUAGCGAAGGGAAACGGAGUGCUUUCCAAAUCAGGAGUAUUGAAGAAGUUUGAAGAAGAAGAUUUGGAUGAUCUUUUAAGGAAGAGAUUGAAAGAUUCAAGUGAAUUACCUGGUGCUUUGUGGCACAUUUAUGCUGGCAAAGAUGCUGACAAGAUAAGGGAGUUUCUGCAAAAGAUAGCAAAAGAACAAGGCCUAGAAGUUCUACCAGAGCACGAUCCAAUACGUGAUCAGAGUUGGUACGUGAACAAAAAACUUCGCCAAAGACUUUUUGAAGAAUACGGAGUAAAAACCUGUACGGUUAUUCAGUUUCUCGGUGAUGCUAUUAUUCUACCAGCAGGAGCACUUCAUCAGGUGCAAAAUUUUCACAGCUGCGUUCACGUAACGGAAGACUUUGUGUCUCCCGAACACCUUGUGCAGUCAUUUCACCUAACGCAGGAGCUGAGGCUGUCAAAGGAAGAAAUCAAUUACGAUGACAAACUGCAGGUUAAAAAUAUCUUGUAUCAUGCAGUUAAAGAAAUGGUGAGAGCUUUGAAGAUUCAUGAAAGCGAAAUGGAAGACAUGGAAGAAAAUUAAGUGCUCUCUGCCUUUCUGAGUCAACAUCAAAUGGAGGUUAUUUUUCUAACGUAUGAACAGUAUGUACACUAAUUUAAGCUUCACAAACCAUCAGUGCCAAGAAAAUGGUCAUCAUAUUUACUUGUUAAUGACACUGCAACGGUAGAGCUUCAUAUCACAGCCACUGUGAUUACAUGUUAGACCUGACAAAGCAGCAGCGUUCUGCUGUCUGUAUUAUAAUGUAUAUGAAGUUUGUGAAAUGUCAAAGAUUUAAGAUGAUGUAUUUAUUUUUGGAAGAAAAAACACAAAAUUCUAUGCUAUAUUGUUGAUCAAAUGUAAAUGUGACUUGUACAGUUUGCUAAAAUAAUUCAGAUAUUUUUCACUACAUUGAGACAGUUACUGUGAGAGUAGGACACAAACACCAGCUAUUGCCUGCAUUUGGGAUCUUGCUGAGUCCGCACAGCAGUCAUGUCAUAAUCUGAGAAUUACUGCCAAAUAAUUGUAAACUUUGUAAAAUAUAAAGUAUAUAAAGUAGAUAUUAAAUACAGACACUUCAGUAUUUUAUUGAAGCUAUUCAGUGUACAAUUAAACGUUUUCAAAAGGUGUAAUUUAUUUAAAAAUUGUCUCAUUUUGGUAAAAUUUAUGUGAACUUUUAAAGCUAAAUAUUAAACUUAAUAUGCUAUGUAAAUAUAUACAUAUAUACAUUCAAUGAUGUAUUUUUUUAAAACAUUGGCUUGCUUUAAUUUGUUAAAAGUGCAAGUGUUACACAUGCUUUGUACAUUGAAGUUGAAAGGGGUUUUACAUUUUCCAUUAAAAUGACUUUAUCAAA